AAGGUGGUUUUACCAUUCCAUCUUUCAAUUCAAAAUUGGUUUCCUCUCUCCCAUAAACAAACACAACCUAAGCCAUGUUUUGUUGCAACCUCUUCUCUGGUUCUUUCAGAGAUAUAUAGGGUUGAACUUGAAGAGGGUGGUGCCCUCAGAGGACCGUUUAAUCUGUAAAAAAAAAAUUUGGUUUGCGAAAAGUCAUCGUCUAGUUUGAAGAGAGAGAAAGUAGUGUAAUAGAAAAGAGUGUUGUCUUUUGUUAGUUUGUGACUUUGCAUUCAAUUCCAUUCUCUCUCUCUCUCUUCUGUGACUCGCUACAAGCUAUUCGACUAUAACCGCCUCCCUCUUUUACCGUGGAGGAAGAGAAUGAUCUCAAGUGGAAGACAAAGAAGGCGGUUUCGCCAUUGAUGGGGUUUUCGAGAGCUACUUUAAGAGAGAACAAGAACAGGAGACAACAUAAACAACAGCAAUAACAUCAACCCUUUUAGGUUCUUCUCUCGUCAUGGCUUCCAAGACCACCAACCUAACAACAAAUAAUCAAUUGGAACCACUUCCACCACCUCAGUACCGUCACCCUCAUCCUCAUCAUUAUCAGUUACAACAACACCAACCCCAAAACCAUCAAGUUCAUGACCAUCAAAUUUCUUUUGGAAUGAUGCAAUCCUCUUCUUCGUCUUCUUCUAUCCCUGGAAACUACCUCAGAGGCAAGGAUUCCGGGGCUUAUGACUUGGGUGAAUUGGAUCAAGCCUUUUUCCUCUACCUUGAUGGACAAGCAGACCCCUCCACUGUUCAAGACCAAAGACAGAACUCAUCAUCCGGAAUGAGGCCUCCGACUCUCAACAUUUUCCCAUCCAAGCCUAUGCACGUAGAGCCAUCAUCAUCCAAGUCCAAGGCUAACAUAGAGUUAGUUUCUCCGCAAACAAGUGGUUCAAAGAGACCAUCAGAGCCGUCGAUGGAGUUGGCCAACCCUCGAAACGAAGCUGCUUCUGCCCCUCAACCACCCAAAGCUGUCAAGCGAGAGAGCAACCGCAAAGGUCCAACGUCGAGUUCUGAACAAGAAGGACCAAAAACACCAGAUCCUAAGACACUGAGAAGACUUGCUCAGAAUAGAGAGGCAGCUAGGAAAAGCAGGCUUAGGAAAAAGGCAUAUGUUCAACAGCUAGAGUCAAGUAGGGUUAGGCUUAAUCAGCUGGAACAAGAGCUACAACGUGCUAGAACUCAGGGCAUGUUCUUGGGUGGAGGUUCACUUUUGGGAGGAGAGCAAAGCCUCCCUGUUGCUAUGAAUACCAUUAGCUCGGAGGCUGCAAUGUUUGACGUGGAAUAUGCAAGAUGGGUUGAAGAACACCACCGCAUAGUGUGUGAGCUAAGAGCUGCAGUGCAAGAGCACCUUCCUGAGAACGAGCUUAGACUCUUUGUGGACAAUUGCUUGGCGCAUUAUGACCAAGUAAUGAACCUCAAGAGCCUAGUGGCCAAAACAGACGUGUUUCAUCUGGUUUCUGGCAUGUGGAAAACCCCAGCUGAACGUUGCUUCAUGUGGAUCGGAGGAUUCAAGCCUUCUGAACUCAUUAAGAUUAUUCUGAGUCAAAUUGAGCCUCUGACGGAACAACAAAUAUUGGGUAUAUGUGGAUUACAACAAUCGACUCAAGAGGCAGAAGAGGCUCUCUCUCAAGGGCUCGAGGCUCUCAAUCAAUCUCUUUCGGACACCAUAACUUCAGACUCUCUAAGCUAUCCUCUCAAUAUGGCUAACUAUAUGGGACAAAUGGCUGUGGCCAUGAACAAGCUCUCCACUCUCGAAGGUUUCGUUAGACAGGCAGAUAAUCUUCGGCACCAAACCAUUCACCGUCUGCAUCAACUCCUAACGACGCGUCAAGCAGCAAGGUGUUUUCUGGCGAUAGCCGAGUACUUCCAUCGUCUUCGAGCUCUGAGUUCAUUGUGGUUGGCACGCCCUCGUGUUGAAUAGCAACGGCUAGUUCAUGCAUGCGUGGCAUUAGUAUUCCCUACCUAGCUACCUAUAUACAAUAUAAUAUAAUAUAUAACAUGCCCUUAAUUUAUAGCUUCUUAAAUUUCCGUUUAAUUAUAUAAAUUUAAAUGUUCUCUCUUUAUUCUGGCAGCAUUGCGCGGCACUGUAGAUAGACAGAUAAUUAUAGAAUUAAAUGUUAACAACUGUAACUCUUGAGGUA